UCGCGCUUGUAAAAUGAAGUGACCUUUCUCUUUCGCCCUGAUAUAACUGAAUCGGUCCGCCGACCGGCACGAGCAGAGUACCACGUCCCGCUAGGCAGGCAAGGAGCUUCUUCAAACGGUCUGAAAGGUAAAUAUGGGUGACGCUGAUAAGGGUAAGAAGGUUUUCGUCCAGAAGUGUGCCCAGUGCCACACUGUUGAAAAUGGUGGCAAGCACAAAGUGGGGCCAAAUCUUUGGGGACUUUUUGGUCGCAAGACUGGCCAGGCAGAGGGGUAUUCCUACACAGAUGCCAAUAAGAGCAAGGGCAUUGUCUGGGGUGAAGAUACCUUGAUGGAAUAUUUGGAGAACCCCAAGAAGUACAUUCCAGGCACAAAGAUGAUCUUUGCCGGGAUCAAGAAGAAGGGCGAGAGAGCAGACCUUAUUGCAUACUUAAAGUCGGCCACAUCAUAAUACAGAUGGAGAACGGGGAGGCAGCAAUAUUUAAAUAAAAUGUUUGUAGUUUGGAUUUGAAUGUCUUUAACAAUAUCUAUUCAGACGGUGUGACAGAUCAGGGGGCCAGGAUUAUUCAUCAUAACGGGGCAUGCUUCUUAAGCCAGCCCAUUUUAGCUGUGAGGAUUUCCAUUUUUUUUUUUUUGUCAAAGUAAAAGUCAAGUUACUGCCGGUCCCCAGUGUUUCCACUGAGGGAAUGAAAACUCACCUGGUUUCACAGGAGCUGUUAAAUUAAAAUAUUUAAAACCCUGUUAGUAUUUUAAUCGCAAUGAGUUGUCUGAACAAGCAGCAUGCUUAUUGGUAACAAACUGUAAUGGAUGGAUUUGAACUGUCAAAUAAAACGGUCAAAAUGG